AUGCUUCGAAUCAAGCAAAAUUCUUCCUUUUCUAUACAGCAGUCAGAACAACAAUACGUACCACUGAAACAUGUGAGUGUCGAAGCAUAUAUUAAAUCGUUCGCUGCUGAUGUCACCAUCGAACAAAUUUUUCGCAACGAUGAGACGAAACCAAUCGAAGCAGUGUAUUGUUUUCCAAUAGAAGGACAAGUAGCAAUCUAUUCAUUUGUGGCUCGAAUUGAUGAUCGAGAAAUUGUCGCACAAUUGAAAGAAAAAAAGGAAGCACAACAGGAAUACAGUGAUGCUCUUCAACAAGGUCAUGGUGCAUAUUCACUCGAACAAGAUAAAAAAUCUCAAGAUAAUUUUAUAAUCAAUGUCGAUGCACUACUAGCCGAUUGUCAAUUUAAUAUCAUUCAAUUCGGAUUUAAUCACGAGGCAUUAUUUGAUGAGGUCACUGAUAUUUACAAUGAAAAAAAUGUUCAAAAAGCUGAACGACUCAUCAAUCAAUUGCGGGCAGAUUUGGGUGGUACUGAAUUGUUAGAACCGCUGAAAUGGUUAGAAAAGCAUCCUCCACGAAAAGGUCGUACACGACAAAUAUUUCUGUUGACUGAUGGAGAAAUUUCAAAUGUGAACGAAGUACUCGAUCUAUGUCGUUCAAUGGCUACUUCCACAAGGAUCUUUUCAUUUGGUUUGGGUCAUUCGCCGAGUCGUUCACUCGUCAGAGGUCUUGCUCGAGCAACGAAAGAACGUUUCGUUUUUAUUUCACCUAAUAGUAGUGUCGAUAUUCAUGUUGGUGAACAGUUACAAAAAGCUCUACAAUCUUGUAUAACCAAUAUACAAGUGAAAUGGAAUUUGGGUACUAAUGUUAUGAGUGCACCAACAAAAAUACCACCAGUCUAUGCAAAUGAUCAUCUGAUUAUCUAUGCACUUGCCAAUGAUUCAAUGUUUGUCUUCCAUCAUAAUUCCAGAGUGGAAUUACAUACUGACAGAAGUCGAUUAGGUAAGGCGAAAAUUGAUGGUUCAUGUAAUGUGAGCAUGAAUGGAACCAUUGCUCGACUCGUGACUAAAGCACUUAUUCUCGAAUUACAACAUUCGAAAUUUCCCUCAUCGAUCAAGAAGAAGAAAUCAGGUUCGUUACUAAGUUGUAUUCGGAAGAAUCGUUCAUCGCCAAUACCAGCAACGAGAAUCGACGAGAAAGGAAUGACAAAGAAAUCCAUUAUUGAACUUUCACUCAAAUAUCAGAUUCUGAGUCCACAUACCGCUUUUAUUGGUAUUGAAAAACGAAUGGAUGGUAACAAUGCUGAUAUGGUCUUGCGCGAAGUACCGAUUCGAAUAUCGGCCGAUGACCAACACUCACUGGUAUCUCAUUCCAUGAAUCAGUGCGCCAAUAUGAUACCACCUAGUCCGAUGACAUUAUGA